UCUGCGGCGGUUGGGGGAGAGGCCGGGAAGGACAAUGGGCGCACUUUCCAGGUCUGGUGCCACGGGUGGGGGGUCCUUGGCAUCACCCCUGAAGACAUUUUCUCAGUCCCUGCCCCAUCCUGGCAGGGUCAGACCCCCAGCGUGCGGGUGGCUGCCCUCGGAGUCUGCUUUCCUUGGAAGGACCGCGUCAGUGCCGCCCUAACUGGACAAGAAAGGAUUGCCUUUUCUUCUUUACUGUGAUAAUACCUUCGUUACCACCACCAUCACUAUUAACACCCCCAUUUUAAUUAAAACAAUCGAACAAAAAGCUCGCCGGCUCGUCCCUUCAGCUGCUUUGGAGGGCGAACAAAGCAGCCCAGUCGUCGCCCCUCCCUAGCUCUGUUUUCCAAGUUGCCAGGUUUGGGGUAGGGAAAGAAAAUGGAGAGGUGCUCGGAACGGAGAUUCAGCCAUAAAGCGAACAUUAACCUCAAGUAACACCGGGAACGGGUGGACUCCCCCUUCUUCCCUCCCCUCCUUCCUUUGGAUUAGAAAGGAGAAAGAAAACCUCCCGCACCGAAUUGAUACCCUGGGAGGAGGUAGUCCUGCUCUUCCGCCAAAGCCACAGCAGAGAGAAGGAGCCUUCGCAAUUAACCCAAGACUUGGACGUGCCAUUAGAAGGUGGACGACUCAAGCAAAACGAAUUUAAAAACCUGAGGUGUUGGGGGGGGGGCGGACAAAAGCAAACCAAAUCCAGCUACCUCACUUGGAAGCAGCGCCAGGGUUCUUUUGAUCCGAUUCCCUUUUGCCCUGUUUUUCUCUACAAAACAUUAUAAGCGUUUCUUCCACCUUCUGCCAAUCAAAACCCUGAAAAAAUACAGAAAAUCGUUUUGUGAAGGUGGUGGGGGCAACAGUGUAGAAAUCCCCUCCUUUAUUACGCCCCCCCCCCCCCCGCGCCAGUAGAAAGAAAACAAGGAACCCAACUGAAUCAGCUACAACCCUCUCCCCUUCAACCCUACAGGGAAAUAUAGGGCAUUUGGAAGCGGGUUCUGCCUUCGUUCUGGACAGGAGGUUUGUAGAUGGGGGUCAUGAAGGGAAUGGCUGGGAGCUCCCAGGUUCUGACCCGGCGACCACAGCCUGAAGAGUCUUGUCUUUUCCACCAAGUACCCCCCCCCCUCCCCUCGCGUCAUAUAGGGAAUUACACCUUCCGCGCUGUGGCGGCCGCAGGAGCCUGGGCUCAGUUUGCCGAGAAAACCCGCAUAGAGGAAUCCAUGCUUAGAAAACAAAUUCGGCCAUACUGAAUCAAACAGAUCCGUUAGAGGGUUCGAAAAUGUUCUGGGCAGCCUGCCUGGAGAGGCUGUUGUUGUUGGACUAAGUAGUUAUUCCUGAUUGGUCAGGUGUAGGGUUCAUUUUUUUUUUUUUAAAUCGGACGUGUUUGGGGGAGGGGGGCUCCAAACACCUGCAAGUUGGAGGCGGAAAGACGUUUGCUAUUCUUUGGGCUGGCGGGGCACACGAGGUAAUUCCCAGCCAUUGACCCCCCAUUUUCUCUCUCGCCCUCCCUCUUUCUCUCCACCCCCAUCUUUCCUGGAAACUCGCUUUGGGCGCGGCAGACCGCGCAGGACCUCACCGCUAGCUAAGUAACUGCUGGCCUCUCAACAAGAGUGGGGGGAAAACACAGAUCCGGGUUCCUACCUCGACCCUCUCCAUCGGAGGAGUGGAGGUCCUAACCAGAAGGGCCGGUCUCUCUAAAUAUGCCCCAGGAUGACGGAGCGGCCGCCGAGCGAGGCGGCACGCAGUGACCCGCAGCUAGAGGGACAGGACGCGGCGGAGGCCCGCAUGGCCCCCCCGCACCUAGUCCUGCUCAACGGCGUCGCCAAGGAGACAAGCCGCGCAGCCCCCGCGGAGCCCCCGGUCAUCGAACUAGGCGCGCGCAGCAGCGCGGGGGGCGGCCCCGCCAGUGGGGGCGGUGCCGCCGUGAGGGACUUAAAGAGCCGCGACGCGGUUGCAGCCGAAGCUCGCCAUCGAGUGCCCACCACCGAGCUGUGCAGACCUCCGGGACCCGCCCCAGCGCCCGCGCCCGCCUCGGCCCCGGCAGAGCUGCCUGGAGACGGCCGCAUGGUGCAGCUGAGCCCGCCCGCGUUGGCAGCCCCCGCCGGCCCUGGCCGAGCGCUGCUGUACAGCCUUAGCCAGCCGCUGGCCUCGCUCGGCAGUGGGUUUUUCGGGGAGCCGGAUGCCUUCCCCAUGUUUACCAACAACAACCGGGUGAAGAGGAGGCCCUCCCCAUAUGAGAUGGAGAUUACCGAUGGUCCUCACACCAAAGUAGUGCGGCGCAUCUUCACCAACAGCCGGGAGCGAUGGCGGCAGCAGAAUGUGAAUGGGGCAUUUGCCGAGCUCCGAAAGCUGAUCCCCACCCACCCACCGGACAAGAAGCUAAGCAAGAAUGAGAUCCUUCGCCUCGCCAUGAAGUACAUAAACUUCCUGGCCAAGUUGCUCAAUGACCAGGAGGAGGAAGGCACCCAGCGUGCCAAGCCUGGCAAGGACCCUGUGGUGGGAGCUGGUGGGGGUGGGGCAGGGGGUGGCAUGCCCCCUGAAGACCUUCUACAGGAUGUGCUGUCCCCCAACUCCAGCUGUGGUAGCUCUCUGGAUGGAGCAGCCAGCCCGGACAGUUAUACAGAAGAACCAACACCCAAGCACACUGCCCGCAGCCUCCACCCUGCCCUGCUGCCUGCCACCGAUGGGGCUGGCCCCCGGUGAUGUGUCUGGGGCUGCCCAGGACCAGCAGGCAGGGGCCCUUAGGCUCCUGGGUUGCUGGGCCUCAGGGCAGUUGGGAUGAGAAGCAGGGCAAUGUACUUGAUGAACUUCCCUUAUAGUCUGAACUUUGGGAAGUCCCAACUGAUCCUGGGCUGGUGUUUCUGUUUCCUGCCUGGAAACAGACGAGGAAAACGGAGUGAAGUAGUAGGUACUUUAUCUGAAGAUGGCACAGUCUUCUCCCUUUUCCAAUCCCCAAGACUUCCCACUUAGAGGCUCAAGUGUCACUGUUUUUGGUCUAGAGUUUGUGAGCCUUGUUUUGGACAAGAUCCGGGGUUGUCACCCAUUACCUGAGGCAUCCAGCAGCCUCUGCCUUGCCUUUAGCCCAUCCCGAGCUGGCUGGGGUGGCUUUUGUGGCAGCUUCUGUUCAAAUAUAUAGGUACCCAAGAGCUGCCCAUUUCUUGAGCCCCAUCUUCACCCAGGUCCAUGUUGAUCCAUCCAGCUUGCCAGCUGCUCCGGAGAGUCAAGCCUCGAGGUGCCUUCUUCAGGGCCUGGUUGGAAAAGAUGGCCAGUGAACAGACAGCCUGCUCUCAACUAGCUGGGCCAGAAAACCCAACAGCCCUUCUUGCUCCGGGAAAUCGGAGCUCUGCUUUCUCCCCACUGAGACUUGCCUUCCUAUCCCACAGCUGUGAGGACCAAGUCAGCAGCCUGGAGCAUGCUCUGUUGGGCUGUGUGCAGGCACAGAAAGGGAAAGUGACAUUAGAAUGAAGCAAAGCAAGAGUGUUGGGGGCGUUGGGUUUCACCUCCUGCACAUCACUGUUCGUGCAGGGGAGUAAAUGAUACUGCGCUGAUGCAUUGCAUGUUGGUGCUGGGGUUAUGCAGUCCAUGGGCUUUUCCCUGGAAGCUUCCUGUUGCAAGAUGUCUGUUGGCUGACGGUCUGGACUUCCAAGUGGAGUACAAACUGUCCCAUAAAUACUCCAUUUGGGAUUCUGCCUAACAAGUUGCUGGUGGAAACUCUGGGCCAUGAUACAACCCAAGAUGCAACCUGCUGCUAGGGCAAGGAAUCCAGUCAGAGGUGAGGCCCUGGCUCGAGACCUGAGCAUGCCAAUUUGCUCAGCCCAACUUUAAGAACGUUCCCACCACGCAACUGCAGGCCCCACGUGUGUACGUGGUAGGUUGGAUUAAUGCAACGUGAGUGCCCCCUCUAAAAGCUGUACAUGAAAUUUCUGUAAAGCAAAUCCUUCUCCUUCAUCUUUUAAAGAAAUAGCCCCUGCAAGUCAUUUUGUAAAGUGGAGGAUCCUUUUGUGGUAUGGACAACUGCCCCAUUGUUUCUUUCCUGUGUCGACCCUGGUGGUGGGACCGAGUUUUCUUAAAGCUAGGCCUGCCUAUAAUGAAGUUCAAGCCCAUGAACAAACUGCACUGAAGUCCUGUGUAUCUGCCAUUGUACCAGCACCACCUAGAGCUCUCUCUCUCUCUCUCUCUCUCUCUCUCUCUCUCUCUCUCUCUCUCCCUUUCUCCCUGGGUUUUGCCUUUGAGUAUGAGAAAAUAUCUGAAGACCCCAUCAUGUAAUAUAAGAGCCCAUCACUUUCCUGUUUGAGUUUCAGGACCAUGAUGGGGCCUGAGUACAGACUUAGGCAGACAAAGAUGGAUCCUGCUUCCCUCCCUUCCUAUUAAGUACUGGAGUCCCCACGGCCCUGGGACAAUAUGGUCAGCUACUGAGGCACUGGGAUUCUUUGUCUCGUAUCACAUACAUAUCUCCUGUCACAUGCAUUACCAUGGACAUUAAGGUUGGUGUCUUCUCCUUGCUUGGGAGUUAGUACAAGGAGUCUGACCCGUGUGAAAAGGGAACAACUGUCCUGAGCUCAAAGGCUGUGUUUGCUGCUCAGUGGGAUGAUGAUUUAGGAAUGAAAAAUGUUGAUCUGUAGGUGGAUUUUUUUCUGAGAGAGAUCACACAUUUGUUGGGAGCUUAAGCUAUGAUUCCCUUUCUCGGCUGUGUAGCGACACUGGAAUGGAUCCACUAGGUAGUGGGGUCUGUAAAGAGCUCUGCUGUGCACUAGGGGUGCAGCGCAGUGGGAGAGCAGCACACAUGAGGUUUGGGGUUCAAUACCCAGCGCAGACACACAAGCCUCAUUACCCUUACAGCUGACCCCACAGUGAGGUUCCAGCCGGAGUUCAGGCCCCGGCAGUUGACAUUUGUGUAAUUUAGGUUAUAAAGUACUUUCCCUUGAACUCUCCAGAUCCUCAUUUCCCUAGAUUAAACUUAAUUACUCCCUGAUUCCAAGGCAAGAGACAGGAGUGAGAAAGGGAGAGAGAUUGGGGAUAUGGACAGCACCUCCAGAUUGCUGUACUCCCUAAGGGGCUGGAAAGGAAGGACUAGGCUUUUGGUCUUUGUAUGAUCUAAGGCAGACCCCGAAUUCUGUUUUCAUCUUCAAUACCCCAUGUCUUUCUUCCUUUGCCUCCUCCUCACCCUUGAAGAAAUGGCAAGGUCCCAAGAACAAUAGCUGCACAAAAGGGGAAAACGUAAGCACGAGAAAACAUUCGAGGAAAACAAUGGACAAAAGGACUAGAGAGAAUCCCAUAUUCCAAGAAUAAUUCCCGUUUAUUUGUGGUGGCAAGUGACAAGAUGGUACAACCUUUUUCCUUUUCCAGAAGCAAGAACCAAGGGCACGGCAACUGUAGUGAGCUGACAGCUAUUUUGGCCUUUUGGGUGGGUCUAGCCAUGCUUGGGAUCCCAGUGGUACAUGACCCUCUGCAGAAGGCUUGCCCCAGCCUGUGUACAUAGCACGCCAUGUCUGUGGGCAGGCCCAGCACUUUCCGUCAGUGUCGUACUGUAUGUGAUGAACUGUGUUGGUCUCUGCAUUUUUCUGCAGAAGAGGAGUGACUGCUCCGGGUACCUUGAUGUUUGUACAGCCUAGAGGCCAACACUGGGGGCGUGUGACUCUUUAUUGGGGGGAAAAACAAAACAAAACAAAAAAAAUACCAGUGUGGUGAUGAUGGUGUGUGUAUAUAUAUAUAAGGUUAUAUGGGGAAAAUUUCUAAAUAAAAGUUUUACAAAGGGGCCUGGACUCUGUGCUUGCACUUUUCAUCCUAGAGCCCGAGAACAAGGACAUUGAAAGGAAAAGCCUGGGAAGGCUCAGUUCCACUCCUCUUA